AUGUCUCCAUCCUUGGAAUCUCGUGCCAAAGGCGCUAUCUGGGGCGUCUGCGUAGCCGAUGCCCUCGGUGGCCCCGUACAAUUCCGAGACGCAGGAACCUUUGAGCCGAUCACAACCUUGAGAUAUGUAGCGCCCUUUGAUCAACCAGCUGGAUCCUAUUCCGACGACGGAUCUAUGACUCUAGCCUUGGCAUGCUCCUUCUCUAAAUCCGAUAUGCAAUACAACCAUACACUGUCAAUCCAAUACUUUGUCGAGUGGCUGACCAACGGCCAUUUCAGCACUGUCAAUCACUCAUGGGAUGUAGGACGCUCCACUCGUACCUCCCUGAGGCAGUGGAUUAAGUAUGGCAUAGAGGAAGGUGAUUUCGAACUUGCCCAGGCGAUGGUAAUUGAUAGAUUGAAUUACGAGGAGUUCUCUGGGAAUGGGAGCUUGAUGAGGAUCGUCCCGAUUGGGGUUGUCUACUGGCACGAUUCUACAUUGGCUCGGGAAGUCGCCAGAAGACAUAGCCAGAUCACACAUCCUUCGCUCGCGUGUGUGGAAGCCUGUGAAGUGUAUACGGAAUUGGUGUGCAAGGUUAUGAAUGGCCAAACAAAGAAGCAGCUCUUCCAUGCGCUCUCUGUGUUUCCAUUUACUCACCCUGCUCUGAAGGAGCGCAUGUCAUUGUACAGGUACAGAACAAUCAGCGACUGGAAAAUCAAGGCGCCUGGCGAUAUGACUAGUAGUGGAUGGGUUGUUGAUACACUUGAAUGUGCCAUGUGGGCAUUCUUCAAGUAUGAAACCUGGAAGGAUGGGGCUUUGGCAGUUGUCAAUCUGGGUGGUGACUCAGAUACUGCGGGGGCUGUUUAUGGAGGUCUUGCGGGUUCGUUCUAUGGGUUUGACUCUAUUCCUAGUGAAUGGGUGGCCGGGAUGCAGAAUAAAGGAUUUAUUGGAAGUAUUGCUGACACAUUGUCUGAUGGGAUCGCUUGA